CAGUGAAAUCUGAUCUCAUCUGUCACUGGGUGUAACGCGCCUGGUCUGGACACUGGGCUCUCUCUCUCUCUCUGUCUCUGUCCAAACCGUGUGUUGUUGGGGGAUCAGAACAAAGAGUCAAACAAAACAUUUCAGAGGUCAAAGAAGCAAAGGGAAGAGAGAGAGAGAGAGAAGGAAGGAAAUGAAAGGUUUGAAAGUGUCCAGGAACGGGCUGGGUAUUCCUGCACAACAUCCGCUCUCCAACGGUAAGAGCAUCAAGAGGGAGCCGCGGCUCAGGGCGUCUCGCCGGGAUGGCAAGGAGGAACACAGCCCCCUGGGCAAGGGACGGAAGAGAUACCGACCUCCCGACGUGAGGACCAUCUUCCGCGACGUUGAGGAGCCCAGGCUGAGGGAGGAGAGAGGGCAAGACCAUCACUUCACCCCCCUGGUGUCUGACAAUGUCUGGUGUGACCGCUGCUGCCACUUUGUGUGUGGUCAGUUUCUGAGGUGUACAGACUGCAGGUAUACCUGUCACACGCACUGCCGAGAGUUGGUCCAGCUUGGCUGUCAACAGAAUGGUCAAUCAAUAGACCCUACCUCCUGUUCCGCCAACAUGGUACAUCAACUCACAAAAAGCGAAGAGGAUGUGGAAAAGGAAAGGGAGCCACAGAAAGUGCUUACAAAAGAAGAGAUCCGACAGAAGAUUGAAUCCUAUAACUCAAAUGCAAGAGACAAGUUAAAAAUGACUCUGAACCCAGACAACGUGUACACUGGCUUUAUUAAAGUUGAGAUGGACCUGCGCAGGCCUAUCACCGUACGCUCCAUGGUGACGCAAGGAGGCCGCUUGUACAACAACAACAACGAGACUGCCUUCUACAUGCCCAAGGGCACCACCAACAUCCUGCACAUCAGCAGCACCCACACUGUGAAGGAAGUCAUCGAGGCUUUGCUGAAGAAGUUCAUGGUUGCUGAUAACCCUGCAAAGUUUGCACUCUUUCACCAGUCCCGCAAGGACGGCCAAGUCCACACAAGCAAACUGCUGAACGGCGAACAUCCUCUUUACCUCCGUCUGCUCGGGGGACCCGGCGCUGAGGCUUUGAGUUUUGUUCUCCGUGAGCACGAGACUGGGGAAGUGCUGUGGGAAGAGUUCAGUCUCCCGGAGCUGCAGAACUUCCUGCGGAUAUUGGCCAAGGAGGAAGAAGAUCAGUUCCGGCACUUGAAGAGACGCUAUGGAGAGUACAGAGCCAAGCUCGAGGAAGCCCUGAGAGCAACUGGAAAACCGGGUUAACCCAGCCGAGGGCAGUAGCCUGGGAGGCACACUCAGAACUACCAGGGCAUGCUUCAAACCUGCACGUAUGACCAACAGGAGUGGCCUUCAAAUCUGAAGACAAGAGCUUUGCACAGAAACCUAAAACCAUUGGUUCCAUUGACAGAGAACCAGGCUGCCUCUGCUUUAUGUACCUCUGCUUACACAAACAACGUGUUUACUGGACAAUCAGAUUAUUUAUAAAUUGGCCGAUGGCCUGUAGUCUCCAGAAGAAAGGUUGUAACGGUUAGAAGCCCUAGUGUGGCAUUUUGCGUACAAAGCAUUUACAGUGCUGCUUUUAACGUGUGGCUGUACAACGGGCAAAAUCUUUCUAACGUCCCCGGCAGUGGUUUCAAUACCCUGCCCCUGUGAGUGAUGAAGAGGUACCAGGUGACAGCGUUCAGCCUGAAAACUGUCCAAAGUCCCUUUCAAACCACUCGCCAAGACGUGGAAUAGAAAUUCUUUGAAGUUUGAAAUUUUACAUCUGGGCCAUUGGUCCAAGACGGGAAUUGGUACUUAGUGGGACAGCGUGGAUUGAAAGAACAGGAAUAAUCAAAAAAAACAUUUUGAGUGACAAGGGACCAAUGAUGUAGCAUGUCGGAUAUGAGUGAAAGGAUGUCGUGAUGGAGAAGUGGUGCUAUGGAAGUGGAUUGAAGGAUGUUCAGGAUGUGCUAAUGAGGAGGGAUGGAAAUGGAUUUAUUACAAAAUCAGAUACCGGAACCUGAGAGGAAACAAGAUUGGGUUUGAAGAAAGUAAUGAGAUUUUAGUGACAUGGCAGCUUGAUCUUAGAGUGCUAUAUUCUUGUAUAAAGCUGAACAAGUAUUUGUUUUGGUAAUCCUGGGUGCAUUGGUCACACCAGGCCAAGGCCUGCAUGGUGCCAACCACACCCACCCUUAGUGCAUGAAUUAAUACUGACAUUGUCGCACACUUACAACAGCAGUAACAACUCCAGGGCUGUUUGUAGCAUUGCACUUCUGUGACCUGCUCCCAUUGAGAGUUAUGAACGCCCUCUUCAGGGAUACACUACCAAGUGAGGGGCAGGCAAAUGCCCAGGUCAAACCUGUGCUGACGUUUAGUGAAUAACUGAGCAGUUUGCAUUUACAUAGCACCUUCCGAACGGCCUCAGGUGCUUUGCAGCAGCAUUCUCAGACCAAACGUUUGUCACUGAGCCAGAGGAGAAGGCGAUAAAAGACAGCUGACCAAAUUCUUGGUCAAAGAGGCAGGCUUAAGGAAGAGAGCGCGAGCGAGUGUUGGGGAAGGGGAGAGGGAAUAUUUGGGGGCCAAGCUGGCUGAAUUGAAGGGCACAGAGUAAAGGCCAGAAUUGGAGGAACACAGAGUACGUGGAGUAAGGGAGAUUUCAGCGAUAUGUACAACAUUGGCCAGAUCUGAAAGUAGUUGGCUGAAAAUGAGGAAUUUAGUCAUUUCCAUCUUCCUGUCAUUAUGUGUGUGGAUGUUUUGAAGUACAAAAGCUCCCAGAAUAAUGUGCCAUUUGGCUGACCUCGGGAGUUAUCGUUUGUCUGCAGUAGGCCCUUGGAGAUAAGGCUCAGUGUUUUGGCCAUGACUACAAGGAGGAUAGUGGAACUGUCACAUGGUUACUUUACUGAAAGGCUGAGUUGCUAAUCUGUCACCCAUUGUGUUCCAGCACCGAGUUACACCUGUAUACAGAGGCACCUUGAUUAGCCAGCAUUCGAUUAUCCGAAUGUCGGAUUAUCUGGCAAGAUUCGGCUAAACUAUGUUACCCGGCAUUCGACUAACUGAACAAAAUACUCCCUUCCCGUGUCCUUCGGACAAUUGAUGUUCAGCAGGGAGUUCUCGAGAACCACGCACAAGAAAAGAGAGCUUAAUUCACAGGCAAUAGGUCUGAAGAGUGCACGUUUAAUGUUGUUUAUCUGAGUGCAGGUGGUAGGAAUAUUGACUGUCAGAUUGAAGUAGAUCACCUUGUUCAUUUUAUUCUCUAUCAUUCUGUUAACCACAAGAUAGACGGAUAAUGGGGUUAUUUGCUCGUCACUGCAGACAGUUCAAUCACCCAACCCCAGGAAACCCUUAGGCAGAGAGUAAACCUGCCUCUGAGCCAGGAGGUCCAGGUUCGAGUCCCCCCUGCUCCAGAGCUGUGUUGAUUAAAAUAAUGAGUUCAAAAUAAUCAAGAAUUUGGUGUUGAAGAGCUUUAAAAUCAGUUAUCCUUCUCCACUUGUAACCCUCAGAUUGCUUCCAUACUAGACAAAACCAAAGAAAUUUGUGUCAAUUGAAAUGAUACUAAUCCUUUCAACAUCUCCCAGCGAGUGCAUUCCAUUGAUUAAUCGCUCACUCAUUGAAAUAUGACUACUGCGGGUUUGGGAGUUAAACUCUCUCGGUGUGGCAAAUAUCAUGUCUGUGUUUUGUGAGUGACUUUUACGAUUCUCCUCAGAUUCCCUGCCUCUGAACAAGAUAAUGAUCAUCAGUGCACUAAUCCCAGCAGGAAAUGUGACCCUCAGCUUUGCAAACACAACUAGAGUUUUGCUUUAUAAGUGAAUGUUUCUGUGAACUUUUCCCAAUAUUUGCAUUGGGUUCAACUUGAAUGCCAUCUGACGACCCACAGUACACUUGGAGUAAUUCUGAUUGGGUGAAGGUUGUUAGAAACACCAAGAUUGAGAAAAUGAAAUGCUGGAGGAAGAUACAUAACGUGGGUGUGAACAGUUUGCUCACUAGUUCUUUCACCUUUUCUAUUAUCCGUAAAGAAGUCAUCCUUUAAGUGAGGCUGUGUUGUACUUGUGAGUGACAUUUUGUGAGCUAAGAGCCUCCAGCGAUCUCACAUCUCCAAUUAAACCAAAGAUCCAGGUGAAAUAUUCUUAAAUUUCUCCCUAUGGGGUAAAUAUUUGUAACUACAGCUCUCUAGUCAGUCAUACAGUGUUCCCAGCCAAGGGGAGGGCAAGUGUGCAAUAUUGGUUGACAGUGUUUUUGUUGAAAUGACUGAAUGGUGAAUUUACCAGUUCUAAUAGGGGACAGCCUCUCAAAUCUGCUCUGCCAUUCCCUUAGAUCAUUGCUGUGUUUGAGUAGCCCUCUUGGGUCUUGAACCUUUCACAAUCUCGCCUCAGUAUCUCCCAAACUGUUUGUGCCUUCAGGUAUACCUGCUGCACGCUGUUUAAGAGGGGCAGAACAUUACAGCAAUCUUUAAACAUGACUCAGUUGGUGACUGUGUGUGUGCAAGAGACAGUGACAGGGUUCAAUCAUCUGGAAGAGUGCCUUAAGUAAUCGAGAUACCCUUUAAUUACAUGGUUCCCCUCCCCCCAACACCCCCACCUUCCAUAAAUCUUCAGAUGGAGUUACAUUGUGUUUACAGAGCACUUCAGGCUAUUAAGUCUACGCUGGAAUUAAACUCCACAUGGUCUGCGUUCACCUUUCUUCAUUAAUGUGUCCUCCUGUCUCUUUCCCCUUUUCUGCUUUAACUGAGCCCUUUGUUAACUGCAUUUUUGCUACACAUCUCAAUGAUACUGAACGACUACAAGGUCAUGGUUUUGCCACAUUGGAUGAACCAGUUUCUCUUGAAUCCUUUUAAAUUGUAGAGCUGCACUUUGUGCAUCCCCCGACAUUAUCUCUACAUUUACUCGAUCAAAGACUUUCACAAAUUUAACAGAUUGCUUUUUAGGACGUCCCUUACUGGCACUCAUCCAGUUCAGGAUUUUCUGAUCGUCAAAACCUCUUGGUGCUGGUGUUAGCUGUAGAAUUGGUUUUGCCCCUUCUUCAGUGCCUGGAUAUUCCUUUUUCCAAUAUGGAUUCCAAGUCAUGCAGUGAGCUGUCGGGAGUUUUGACUGAAUUUUUCCAGCUGUUGAAGAUCAUGUUCAGACAGUGGAGUGUAAUAGGCUGCAGUGAUUUUAAACUGCUCACCCAGAAAAUGACUCGACAAAAAUGUGGCCUGUUGUUGCACUUGGUUAAAGUUUGUAAAUAACAAAUUCAAUGUUUGUUGAAGCAGGAAACUAAUGAGUUCUUUCACCCAGGGUUUGAGAGUUAAACUCCCUUGGUGUGGCAAAUAUCAUAUCUGUGUUUUGUGAGUGACUUUUACGAUUUCACUACAGCUGACUCCGAGAGUACGUUCCCUGUUCUGGGAUUCUGUUAAGAUCCAAUACAACCAUAAGUACGCCAUUGGCCAUAAUGUGCUUUGGGAGAUCCUAGAGGGAGGGUGCUGUGGCAGGUGCCAUGUAAAUGCAAAUUCUUUCUGUUUGUAUCAAGUGUGUGACAGUGCAUGAUGUAUUUCGCCUUUGGGAAUGUUGAUUGGUGAAUGACGAGAGGGCAUGGCUCAGCUCAGAGUGUGUAUUUUAAUGUGUAAUUACUGUAUGUAUCUUUUUCAGUGAAUUGCAUUGCAUCACGAGUUAGGGGCAGCAUGAUGGCUCAGUGGUUAGCACUGCUGCCUCACAGCACCAGGGACCCGGGUUCGAUUCCAGCCUC